AUGGGGUGGGGGCCGCACUCGGCCGUGUCCCCCAUUGGGGUCUCCAUUGACUGUGCGCUCCGGCCGGCCUGCAAUCCCCCACCGCCAGAGGGCGCCGUGUGGCCGGAGCGCAGUCACGUGGCCGGAAGUCAGCCUGGGGGCAGGCGGUCCGCUCGGCCACGAGCCCAGGGAAAGAAGGCGGUGUUGGAGGAAUGUGGUCUCUCGGUGGGCACCGACCAGGGCGAAAACAGGGGCUCUGGGGACAAGGCCUCCGGGGAACCAGGAACGGCCCCCCAGGACAGCACGUUCCAGGACCUCAAGGAAGCAACUGCCACCUGGCAAACCCCGAGGCGGGACUACCAAGCAUCCCCCAAGAACCCAGGCUACCAGGCAGCCCCCCAGAACCCAGACUACCAAGCAACCCCCAAGAACCCUGGUUACCAAGCAGCCCCCAAGAACCUUAGCCACCAAACAGCCCCCAAGAACCCAGGCUAUCAAAUGACCCAGAGACUGGCCCCCUCAUGGAUGGUCAAUCUACAACCCUGGGACCCCUACUAUGAGGCAAGACCUCAGCUGACGGGGGCCGGCAGUGGGGUAGGCUCCUUCUCAAACCGGACCUUGAGUCAUCCAUCCUUUUGGCCACUGUAUGAGGCAGCCUCCAGGAGAGAACUCGGAGAGCAGGCACCCAGGGAUGCAGGUAUCCCGGUGUUGAACUGUGAAGAGGUCUUUGUCUCAGACCCUCUGCUGCCCUGUGGAUACCGUGUCCCUCUGUACCUGGACAGGACACCCCAGCAGGUGAUGAAUCCCUUGAAGCUGCUGCUCCCACCUCCUAUCAUGUCUUCUUGUGUUGCCCCCACAUCUUCCUCUGCCUGCUCCACCAACUGGCUCAGUGAGCUUGAGAUGGUUGCUCUCAAAGCCCUUCUGCAGAUGAGCCAGGAGGGGCCCACAUGCAGCCCCUCAUCGGACUCCAUGCUCCAGGCCAACUGCCUAGAUUUUGUCUCUACCCCCAUUUCCUGCUCUGACCUGACAGGCCCCAACAUGCCCACAAUGGAGCUGUUCACAGAGGAUCUGGGGGCUGGUCCCGUGCUGCUUUAUCCACAGGGCAGCCUGUACGUGACAAUUUAG